UUUUCCACCUUAUCCUCAAUCCAAACGAGUUAAACCCUUUCAAAAACCCUGACAAAACCAGCGAUGUUCUGUAGUUUCAACAAUGGCUUUCUCUGCUAAAACUCUACAAACCCUUAUCAAACCCGACCAACCAAACCCUCUCCACGCCAAUAUCCAAUGCCUCAAAUCCCUAUAUUUCUCAAACCAACGCAAAACCCACCAAAUUUCCUCAACACAACCCCACCGACAACUCUCAGUCCUUAACACCAAUUCCUUGAAUACCCACAACUCAAAUUCCCAUCUCAACCUUCUUUGUCUCAACGGACAUCUCCAACAAGCUCUAAGCUACUUAAACUCAAUGCAAGAAUUGCAGAUUCCAUUAGAUGAAGACGCAGCUAUUGCUAUGGUGGGACUCUGUGAAUGGAAGAGAGCUUUGGAAGAAGGGCAUCAAGUUUACAUUUUUAUAUCGAAUUCGAGUAACCCUUUGACCCUUAGGCUUGGAAAUGCUUUGUUAAGUAUGUUUAUGAGGUUUGGAAAAUUGAGUGAUGCUUGGUAUGUGUUUGGUAAAAUGCCGGAAAGAGAUGUAUUUUCUUGGAAUGUUUUGAUUAGCGGGUACGCGAAAAAUGGGUUUUUCGACGAAGCUUUGUGUUUGUAUCAUAGGAUGUUGUGGGUUGGUUUUAAGCCUGAUAUUUAUACUUUCCCUUGUGUUUUGAGAACUUGUGGAGCUGUUCCAAAUUUGGAAAGAGGUAAAGAGGUUCAUGUUCAUGUUAUUAGGUUCGGUUUCGAGGCGGAUGUUGACGUGGUUAAUGCUUUGGUAACUAUGUAUGUAAAAUGUAGGGAUUUGCCAAGAGCGAGGUUAUUGUUUGAUAAAAUGACUAGGAGAGAUAGGAUAUCAUGGAAUGCGAUCAUUUCAGGGUAUUUUGAGAAUGGAGAGUGUUUGGAAGGGAUAAGGUUGUUUUUUACGAUGCGUGAGCAUUGUUUUGAUCCAGAUUUGAUGACUAUGACGAGUGUGAUCUCUGCCUGUGAGAGUCUUGGUGAUGAGAGAUUAGGCAGAGAAAUUCAUGGAUAUGUGAUUGUAACAGGGAUGUCGGAUGAUGUUUCGGUUUGUAAUUCUUUGAUUCAAAUGUACUCAAGUUUUGGAUGUUGGGAAACAGCGGAGAAAGUUUUUGACAGGAUGGAAUGGAGGGAUGUAGUUUCGUGGACAGCAAUGAUCUCAGGUUAUGAGAAGAAUGUACUGCCUGAUAAAGCUGUGGAUACCUACAAAAGGAUGGAGUUGCAGGGUUUCAUGCCUGAUGAGAUCACUUUAGUCAGUGUUCUGUCUGCUUGUGCCCAUUUGGGUAAGUUAGAUAUGGGGAUUAAGCUUCAUGAACUGGCCAAAAGGUCAGGGCUUAUAUCUUACAUUAUUGUUGCUAACACGUUAAUUGAUAUGUAUUCCAAGUGUAAAUGUAUUGACAAGGCUCUAGAAGUGUUCCACAACAUUUCAGACAAGGAUGUCAUUUCUUGGACUGCUAUCAUUUUAGGGCUUCGACUUAACAACCGGUGCUUUGAAGCAUUGAUUUUCUUUCGACAAAUGAAAGUGAGUUUAAAACCGAAUUCUGUCACUUUGGUGUCUGUUCUAUCUGCAUGUGCUAGGAUAGGAGGAUUGAUGUGUGGAAAAGAGAUUCAUGCAUAUGCAUUGAGGACUGGCAUGGGGCUUGAUGGUUUCCUACCCAAUGCACUUCUGGACAUGUAUGUAAGGUGUGGAAGGAUGGGACCGGCAGGGAACCAAUUUAACUCACAGAAAAAAGAUGUUGCGGCAUGGAAUAUUCUGCUGACAGGAUAUGCACAGCGGGGACAAGGGAAACUGGCUGUGGAGUUCUUCGAUAAAAUGAUAGAAUCUAAUGUCAAUCCCGAUGAGAUUACAUUUAUUCCACUCUUAUGUGCUUGCAGUAAAUCCGGAAUGGUAACUGAAGGUUUGAAGUUUUUUAAUAGCAUGGAACUGAAAUAUGGCAUCACCCCAAAUUUGAAGCAUUACGCAUGUAUGGUUGAUUUGCUUGGCCGUACUGGGCAGUUGGAGGAGGCGUAUGAGUUUAUACAGGAAAUGCCUAUAAAGCCAGAUUCGGCUAUAUGGGGAGCCUUGUUAAAUGCAUGUAGAAUUCACCAGCAGGUUGACCUUGGUGAAUUUGCAGCUCAGCGUAUUUUUGAAAAUGAUACAAGAAGUGUUGGGUAUUAUGUUUUGUUAUGUAAUCUCUAUGUGAACAGUGGUAGAUGGGAUGAAGUUGCAAAAGUUCGAAAGAUGAUGAAAGAUAAUGGGCUAAUCAUUGAUCCUGGAUGCAGUUGGGUGGAAGUUAAGGGAAAAAUUCAUGCUUUCCUCAGUGGAGAUAAUUUUCAUCCUCAAAUAAAGGAAAUAAAUGCAGUUUUAGAAGGAAUUUAUGAGAAAAUGAAGGUAGGUGGCCUGGGUGGAAAAUGUGAUUCCAUGGAUGAAGUUGAAAUUUCAAAAGCUGAGAUUUUUUGUGGGCACAGUGAGAGACUAGCUGUUGCUUUUGGUCUCAUUAAUACUGUCCCUGGAACGCCUAUUUGGGUAACAAAGAAUCUCUAUAUGUGCCAAAGCUGUCACGGUACCAUUAAAUUCAUCUCCAAGAUUGUACGCCGGGAAAUUUCUGUUAGGGAUACUGAAGAAUUCCACCAUUUCAAGGAUGGCAUCUGUUCUUGUGGUGAUGUGGAAAUAUUAGGGAAAGCUUGACAAAUAAGAUCUUUGAAAGAAAUUGGGAAGUUAUUAACUCCCAUAUAGAAUGUAGAUGCGUGAAAGGCGGCUUAAAUGUUGCAACGUGAAAAUGUAUUUUUGGGCCAUGCAUCCAGCACCAUUGAUUAGCCUGUUAAAAUUAAAACGUAUUACCAUAUAUCACAGAAGGACAGGGAAGCUUGGAAGAAUGCUGUAGAAUCAUCUUGAAUAUUGAUGCCCCAUUGGCAUGAAGAGAGAAAAAGCUUCCUUUCUGUUUGAUUAGGAAUGUAUCCAUAAACAAGGGAAACAGCGUCGGGGUUGAUGGCAUGGUGCUCACAGAAAUGCUGUAGACUUCCUUUUUCUGAACUGUAACUUCCUAAGGUGUUGUCUGCUACUCUACUUUCCUCUGUACUGUUGUAUUUUUCCUGUAAAGUCAAAUGCGAGAAAAAGUUGCCUAAAAAUUGAGGAUGGUGUAUUAAAUCAAAAAUCACAAUAACAUCAUUUUGAAAUACAUCUAUUUUGCUCAUGAUUUUAGGCGUCCUUUUUGUUUGAAUGUUGAAGAAGCA